UGGGUCGCCACUGCUGUGCCGGUGGGUCCAGGUGGUGGACGGACCAAAAGUAUCGUAUUGAUAAGUGCCCCCACCCCAGAAUUAUGUGGCAGCGUUGGUAUUGCUAAAUUACCGAUUGCAACAUUUAGCUUCCUGCAUGUAUUAGCAUGACAAAUGUCCAAGGCUCAGUAGCGAAAGUCUGUAUUGCGCAGCGCCACAGUAUAAGCCUUGUCUAUCAGCCGCGCAGUUGGCUGAAACAAAAUGCGUCGCCCUCCUUCAUGCAAUACAAGCAUUUUCUUCUUCUUUUUCGGUAUAGAAAUAGAUAAAGUCUACUGCAACCCAAUUGCAAUCUGUUGUUCGGUCUUCUGGUGUUGGGGCAUUUAUUUCAACUGGACAAGAAGCGGGGGCUCAGGCUUACCGGCUGUACCGUCGCGCUGCGGAUGCGAGGCUCGACGAGGCGACCCCGACACCGGACUAUUCGAAACUCGCCUGCUCGGACACUUUGCACGAUAGUGUCGAGGGGUCUCGCCCUUUUGGUACCUCGUCUUCCAGGGGCCGCGCGGCGUCUUCCACGGUGAAGAUUGAAAUGCGCAAGGAAAUCGACAGCGAGGCGCUCCGCCUGCACGCCCGUCAAACUCUGG